GGUUGAUGACGUACGCAGACGAAAACGAGUACCGCCUUGUCAGGGAUCUGAUGAGCAGUUACGACAAAAGAAUUCGGCCAUCCCUCAAUCAUUCGGAAACCCUGAACGUCACUUUUGGUUUAGCUUUGGCGCAGAUUAUAGAUGUGGAUGAGAAAAACCAGAUACUGACUACAAACUGUUGGCUAAACCAGAUCUGGACAGACUUCAGUCUCCGUUGGGACCCAGCCAAAUAUGGCGGUAUUAAAGUACUUCGUCUACCUUACGACGAAGUCUGGAAACCCGAUAUUCUACUUCACAAUUACGCUGACGUCUCCACGUUCGUCUCUUCCAUUUCUUCUAACCUAAUUGUCAGCAACGACGGCAACGUGACGUGGUUCUCCAUGGUCAUCUUUAAGAGCUCCUGUUCGAUCAAUGUCAGGUAUUUUCCAUUCGAUGCUCAGAAUUGUAGUAUGCAGUUCGCCUCCUGGUCUUACGAUGGAAAUCAGGUGAAUUUACUGAUGAACACAGACAGGGGCGACACCAGUAACUUCAUCCCCAACAGCGAAUGGGAACUGAUCAGCCUUCUUGUUGAUAGAAGGACUCGUUUUUUGUCUGUCUGUCUGUCUGUUUGUCUGUCUGUCCGUUCGUCUGUCCGUUCGUCUCGACGUCCCUUAUUCUAUAUCUUCAACAUGAUUCUGCCGUGCCUCAUCAUCACUCUGGUGGCGUUACUAGGGUUCUACAUUCCCUCCGACUCCGGCGAGAAGGUUACCAUGGGGAUCACCACGUUACUCUCCAUGACAGUGUUUAUGAUGCUGGUGACAGAAAACAUGCCGCCGACGUCAGAUGUGCUUCCUCUUGUUGGUCUGUACUACGGAGUGACCAUAUUUAUUGUAUCAUUCGCCACGGCGAUGACAGUCCUCACACUUAACAUUCACCAUAUGGGCUCCAGGGGAAGACCUGUCCCUGCUCUCAUUAGACGAAUCUGCUUCGAGCUUUUGGCCAAGUUGCUGUGCCGGAAAGUGGACACUUGGGAAGAGGAACACGUCAAUCUUUUUACGCCCGACUGCAACGGUGUAUCUCGUAGUUCAUCAAAUUACAUACGCUUGAAACUUUCAAACCAAGAGGAGACUGAAAUGAUAAACCUGGAGUUAAAGGAGAUGACCGACUUGUGUCCACCGAGUCUUGUGGACAUUCCUUUCAUUGACAGCGAAUCGUAUCAAGGCAACGGCACGCUGCCAAGAAAGUUCCUCGGGUACCGCCCGUCACACGCCAACACUCCGUCAUCAGAUCCAGUUCUCCAGAAAGUCUAUGAGACAAUAGAAAGGAACGAUGUUCGCACCGCAGAACAGGAUAAAAGGGAAGGGAUUAAACUGGAGUGGCAACAAGUGGCGCAGAUCACAGACCGGCUACUGUUGACUUGCUUCGUCUGCUUCACGCUGACAAUUACGGGUGUUGUACUCUUGAUUCCGCCCGCCUCAGUCACUGUUUGA